AUCAUAUAGCAGUGAGGCUAAAUCAAAGUGCGCGCUAUAUGUUGUGCGUCGUGCGUAAUUUGGGGGGUUUGGGUUAAAAAACUAAAUCGACUCCAAAAAGAGCUGUUUUUUACGUGUGAAGCUUGUCUGUAGGAAUUAUGCGUCUUUUCCCCACCACCAUAUAUUAUUCCCCCCAUAGUUGUGGUGGUGGGAGCUGGUAAGGUGGGUUAACUCCAGCUCAAGUCUCCGUGAAGCGCACAGAGCUCUGAUGACGUUGGGUUGGAUGACCAAUCGGGAGGCGCUGCCCUUUUGGAGACAAACCAUUUUACUUGUAGUGUCUGCAUCAAGUCUGGAAGCAAAGGGGCUCAAUUUUAACAGAAUCCAACCUUAAAAAAUCUCUCCCCUUAACUUAUGCCUACCGCCACUUUUGAGUGCUGAAUAUCACACGACAAGGUGGGGUGGGAAAUAAAAAGACGCGUCUGGAAAAAAAUCGGGUGUUAAUAGGACAAUAUCUGCAGCGCAGCGAGAAGAGAGAGGGGGAAAACCGAUUUGGUCUUGAGAGAGAGAGAGAGAGAGAGGGGGUGAGUGCUCUCAAGGCAAGAAAAUUCGAUGAUGACCAUGACUGCGAUGGCUGACGGUCUGGAGGCUCAGGACUCGUCCAAGUCUGCUUUCAUGGAGUUUGGACAGCAGUCGCACUCACAGCAGAGCUCUCCGUCGAUGGCCGGCGGCCACUACCCGCUGCACUGUCUCCACUCCGGCUCACACGCCACACACCACCAGCACGACAACAACGGCGUGUACACCGGGACCAACACCUACAACAGGUCGUUACCGUACCCCUACGUGAGCCAUCCGCACCACAGCCCGUACCUGCCAUCCUAUCACAACAACACGGGAGGACAAACAAGGUUAGACGGCACAGAGCAGCAGAAAACGACGGUGAUUGAAAACGGGGAAAUUCGUUUUAAUGGGAAAGGCAAGAAGAUUCGCAAACCUCGGACAAUAUAUUCCAGUUUGCAGCUUCAAGCACUGAACCACCGGUUCCAGCAAACACAGUACCUCGCUUUACCGGAGCGCGCCGAGCUGGCUGCCUCUCUAGGACUCACACAAACCCAGGUAAAGAUUUGGUUCCAGAAUAAGAGGUCAAAGUUCAAGAAGCUGCUCAAGCAAGGAGGCAACCCGCACGAGAGCGACCCCAUGCCGGGCUCCAUGUCUCUGUCUCCUCGCUCUCCAACCAUCCCUCCCAUAUGGGACGUCUCGGCCUCUUCCAAAGGAGUAAACAUGCCGGCCAACAGCUACAUGCCCGGCUACUCUCACUGGUAUUCCUCCCCACAUCAAGAUUCAAUGCAGAGAUAGACUGAAUGAGUGCGAGAAAGGUCACAGUGAGCUGUCUGGAGGCCUCCGGAUCUCAGUUUCCAAACGUAGCCUACAAUUUGUGUCAGCUGCAGAGACUGGAUGCUGGAGAGAGGAGAGAGGAGAGAGGAGAGAAAAACCUCUGGAGGCUGCUCCUCUUCUGCUGAAGGAUAAAAACGCAGCCAAGCCUCGGUGUGAUGACACAAAACAAAAAGGGAACUAACCAUUUUUUUUUUUUUUUUAAGCGUUACAUGGCUGUUCAGUAUGGGCUCGCAUCUUUGUUAUGCUUUUCAUUCAUGUCAACAAAUCUGAGCGUCAAUAAUACCAAAUAUUAUCAGUGACAUUUUGAGCCACUUGUUUUUGGUUGGCAAAGAACUGCUUAUAACAACUCUCUCCAUGUGGAGCCUCUCUCGCCAUGUAUGAUGGACUCCUCUGACUGCUUUUGAUUUUUGUUUUCUCUCCUCCAACAUGCAAAACCCAAGCAAAUUGUCUGUCUGUAAAUAUAAUCUGCGAUUUUAGUUGUACAUACACUUUUUAUGUUUUGUCAGAUUGAGUAAACCGUGACUCAAAAACA